AUGUGGACAAAACGUGAUAAACGUCUCGAACCUCUCUUCGUUAAGCCAAGCUCAAGUCAUAUGGAAAUGACCAACUAUUUCCAUUUCCACAGUACACAUCCUAACCAAAUGGUACCAACCUCAACGGUGACCAGUUCACUUGGCUCAGCACCUGCUGUAUUCUGGAAGACUAAUAGCGCACGACGUAGACGCUUCGGACAAAUGGAUUCUUCAAUUUAUGAAAGAGGAGCAUGA